GCGCCGCGGAGGAGGCGGCGGGGUAGCGCGGCGGCGGCGCGGGCCUGGGCUCGGCGUGAGGCGGCACUGGCAGCGGCGGGGCCGAGCCGAGCCGGGAGGCGAAAGCCACGGCCCUGCUGAGGCCGCCCCGGGGCCUGCGGGAGCAGCAUGGCCGCCAGCCUAUGGAUGGGGGACCUGGAGCCAUAUAUGGAUGAAAACUUUGUUUCAAGAGCUUUUGCCACCAUGGGAGAGCUUGUACUGAGUGUAAAAAUCAUUCGAAACAGGUUGACAGGAAUUCCAGCAGGCUAUUGCUUUGUAGAAUUUGCAGAUCUAGCUACUGCAGAGAAAUGUUUACACAAAAUCAAUGGAAAACCGCUUCCUGGUGCUACACCGGCAAAGCGAUUUAAAUUGAAUUAUGCAACGUAUGGAAAACAACCCGAUAACAGUCCAGAGUAUUCACUUUUUGUGGGAGACUUGACUCCUGAUGUGGAUGAUGGCAUGUUAUAUGAAUUUUUUGUUAAAGUUUAUCCAUCAUGUAGAGGUGGAAAAGUUGUUUUGGACCAGGCAGGAGUAUCCAGAGGUUAUGGCUUCGUGAAAUUCACGGAUGAACUGGAACAGAAAAGGGCGCUGACAGAGUGUCAAGGAGCUGUGGGGUUGGGCUCUAAACCUGUACGCUUGAGUGUGGCUAUACCAAAAGCUAAUCGUGUGAAGUCAAUGGAGUAUAAUCAGAUGUACAACUAUAAUUAUAACCAAUAUUACCAACAAUAUCACAACUACUAUGCCCAGUGGGGCUACGACCAGAACACGGGCAGUUACAGCUACAGCUACCCGCAGUACGGCUACACGCAGAGCACAAUGCAGACAUAUGAAGAAGUUGGUGAGGAUGCGUUGGAAGAUCCGACACCUCAGCUGGACGUGCACGAAGCAAAUAAACAGUUUAUGGAACAGAGUGAAGAGCUCUACGAUGCCUUGAUGGACUGUCAUUGGCAGCCUUUGGACACUGUCUCGUCAGAGAUUCCAGCCGUCUUAUAGCCUCAUUGCUGAGGCGCUGUGUCUGGGUGACAAACCCGCCAGCGUGCUCCGGACCGCCGUGCUGCACCCGGGUCUCGCAGCAGUCGGGGGUGGCCCUUCUCUCCACCCAGGUCUGGUACUCAAAGUGCAGGAGGACCGUGGCCUUUCCUGUACGGAACGAGUAUUGUAGGAGCAUCAUGGAACUUUCUGUUCAUGGUGGAAGUUAGAACUGCAACAGUUUGAUUCCUUUUGUCUUGAAAUGAACUCUUAAUACUUCUUGGUAAUUGUAAUUUAUAAACUUCAGAUGAAAUGGCACAGGGGAAAGACUCUACUCCAACGUACAAUAAAAAUGUUGGUCUUUUAAGUAAAAUUACCCUUUGCAUUUUGGUUCCUGCCCAUCCUUCUGUUUUGCUGCCCAUUUAAUUGUCUUCAGUCAUUUGACCCAACUCUCAUGAAUGUGUUAUUUUAAAAAAAUCAUUGCUGGAUACCACUAAAAUGUCUCAAAAGCUUUUUCAGUGGCUGGAUGAGGUUGCUGUAACUUGAGCACAUGAAAGAAUCAUGUAGGUGAAAGUUUAUGUUCUGCUUAACCUUAAUCAAGAUGUGAUCUUGAGCUGGCAAGUUUGUAGCUUGGUGUUCAUAAGGAAUCUACCUGAAGAAUGUUUUGGAAAGACAGAAAGGAGCAUUAUAAAACUACUGCAAACCGGUGCUUUCUGCCCGGUGGUCUCUUGCACAUUUGCCUCUCCUCUCCAUCUGUGUAUGAAGAAAUAAUCCCCAUCAGCCAACCAGUUUAAAACAUUUUUACCAGCAACUUUGUUUAAAUGUUAUUUUGUGUAUCAUGCCUUUUUUUUUCCUUGUGGACACCCCUUGAUAGUCUCACUGAGAUGUUCAGAUUUCACAGCGUCUUCCACUGUCCUGUCAGAGGGAAUAUGGUGAAACUGAAGAUCUUGCAGCAAAAACGGGUCAGAGCAAUCUAAUCGAUAUAUUGUGCAACAAAUUGUUGCUGACGUGGAAAAUGGUUUUCUACUGGAUGUUGUAUAAGCCGAAUGGACAAGCAAUAUAUUUAAGCUAAUAUUAUGUUGCAUUAGAGGUGACAGUGAAAAUAAUAGCACUUAUGUAUGUGUUAUAAGCCCUUUUCAGGCUUUUGUGCCUUAAGCUCUUUGAGAAAUAGGAACAGAUAAACUACCUGUAAUAAAUGUCUAUCCCAGAAAUAGUUUGGUAACUGAAAUUGCGACUGCAAAGCGUUUAAUUGCCUCCCUGCCCAUGUUGAUGCAGAGAUUUGCCACAAAAUUUAAAUACUUUCAUAAAGCCUACUUCUGCUACACCUUUGUUUGUGUCCAUAAUUAUGAUAUCUUGUCAGUCUGUGGUCUUUUUGUCAACUGCAAUGGUGAACGUACUGUGAAUUUGAGGGGAAUGGUGACAUACGCUGGAUUUGUUAAUAGUGUACUUCUGAAUGAGUGGGACUGGACUACUGGCCCCCUGCAUUCUCAUCUGCUGUGAAUUUUGUUCUCCUCCUGUGCGUCUGACUGUGCUGUUCACAGGGUCCUAACCCCCUGUUCCUCUGAAUUUAGGGAGACGGAUGUUCCCUGCGUGUGCUGGUUGUGUUUCGGGGGCAGCGGAGAGGUGGAAGAGAGCAAAGUGCCUUUUUUUUCCUCUGAUGUAGCUGUUCAGUGGGGCUGGACACCCAGAUGAUGUCCUGCUUCUUGAAAAGUGCCUGUUCCAUGGAGCGGCGUUCCAGAGGUGAUGUAAAGAAGGAUUUCUUUAUGUUCUGCUGUUUAAUGCUUUCUGGACUAGUUAUUCUGUUACUGUGUUCCCAUUGAAUUCUCCUCUUUUUGACCUGCCUUUCCCUAUCCCCCCAAAUUUUAGCUUUUAUAAUGCAGCCCUUCUCAUUUGCUACGGGAGGUGACCUAAAGCCACGCUUUAUCGCUAUAAAUUUAUGCUGCUGUUCUACGGCUUGCCAGUGUUGCUGCCCUGUGUAAUAUUUCCUCACACAGCUCUUGGCUUUUGUUUUUGUGGCAGAAAGCUGGUAAUGAUGGGUCUGAGCCAUCACAAGUGGCAUCCCUGGGGUCCAGGAGAACUGCGUUUGUAGAGACCCUUGAGCCCUCAUGCAGAGAAUGAUUUCUGGUGUAGAGAGGCCAGCAGAGAUCAUCCACUGCAGCUUGUUUUUACUGACGCUGCAGAGCUUAAAAUAGCUCAAACAUUUCCUUUUAGGAGAGAGGUUGAUGUGAGGCUUUAGGCCAUGGUCCCUUGAUGUGUGAGCCAGCCUUUUGGGAUUGCUUGGGAGAACCUCAGCUAAUGUGCUCUUGAGCUGUUAAUCCCUCUGAAUUUUUUUCUGUGCAUCACUUAUUAAUGUUCGUUUUCAGCUCCUGGCCACUAUUGCAGCAUCUGAAGCGCAGAGGAGACUUUUAUGUGGAGCUACACAACAGCCAGUCACCUGGAUUUUGUAGGGUUAGCGUUUUGGAAUCCAAGAUAAACAGAACGUGGGAUUUUAUUUCUCGUGGAUGGCUACAGGGAAAGCCCUGAUUAAUUACCAUUUAGCACAACGCAAGAUGAAAGACAAGGACUCCGUGUGGUAACGUAAAUUCUGCUUUUAUCUUCAUGUGCUAAAGGCAAGAAAGCCAAGGCAGAUGAUAACACAGCUGACUGGGAUUAUGUAAUUCUUGAAAGUUGCAUCAAAACCUGUGACAGGGAUUAUGGAGCGUUCUGCCUUUCAGCAUGCAACAUUUCCUAGCAAUUACAAAAACGCCUCAAACGUUCUUGAUGAAGCUGUCACGAGCCAAUUUAGAUUACUGGGAAAUUCAGGGACUCUGGGAUUACCGUCUGAUUUACACAGACUGAAAAACGCUGAGCCAGCUGCAGAGCUGCAAACCUGUGGGCGUCAUUCCUGUUGGGCAUGAAGCGGCAAUUUGCACAGUGUCAAACUGCAAGGCUGCGGGCUUCCCUGUUGCUGUUAACAUGUGUUUAAUUAAAAGCUUGGCGGGGGUGGCCUGUGAGAAAUACGGAUGGGUUUCCAGCAGGAUGAGGAGUUUGAAACCAUUUCUUCAGCAAAUGCGAGUCUGUGUCGGCACAGCCCCGUGUAUGGGUCGAAGGGGCUGUCGGGGGCUGGCGAUGAUGUUUUCUGUGUGUGAUUAGAGAAAAUUCCUGUUCUUGGACCAGUUUCAGGAGACAGGUUCAUAUCCCACACACUGAGAAGCACCAAACACCCUCAGGUGUUCCUCUGAAUCCUUUUUGAGGAAUGGAGAUGUUUGAUCUUCACGUACUCAGUUUCUUGUCACUGCCUCGCGAAUCCCCGGCUUCUGCACAACAAGAUCUGGGAGGAAUUUUUACCUUCCAGCCUUGUUAUCUGCCAGUGUAUCUUGUUCAGCAUACUGGAUACGCCAGUUUCUGGAUUUAUCUAGGGAUUUGUUUAGUCAUGAAAUUAAUUCAAAAUCAGGAUAGGAUAUGAAUUUCAAAUGCAACAGCUGCAUUUAGAAACUGAUAGGCCUAGUUCAGAAAAUACCGCUCUGGCGAAGCUCACUUGACCUUUUUGCCUGGUUAGAGCAUUUCUUCGGAAAAUCUCUCUGUUGUUUUUUUCAAGUUACUCUGCUUUUCUUCCCUAGCAGUUAUCAAAAUGGUUUUACCAAGCACAGUCAGUUUGCAAGGAGGGUUUUGGGGUGCUGGUUGGUGCACACCCCGUUUUUCUCAAUGUGCUGCUUUUGUUGUAAAAUUUCCAGGGCCAAACCAAUGGUAGAUAACACAGUUAUGAUGCUGCAGAUGGAGAUCUCUGUGUGGCUGCGGCUUGUCCCCUCGCGUGUGGGAUCCUGAGGUACCGCAGCCCACCCGGAUCGUUCAUUAAUACUUUCCCUUGCUGUUAAUUCUCCAGAGCGCUUCCCUGCAGGGUGGCUGCUCCCACCUCUCCUGCGGUGGGAACUGCAGCCUCUGCCGGGGUUUGCUCCCCGGCCCGCGUGUGGAACAGACUGGUGUGAUGCUCCCAGGGCAGGAAGCAGUUCAGGGUUUUUCAACCCGACUUCCCACAGUGGCCACGGCUUCAGCACCAGCAGAAGUUUCGGCAGUCCCUUCCACCCAGCCGGCACGUGCUCUUUUAAAAUCCUUUCCGUUGAUUACGGAUCGGGAGCCAGGACAGAGCAUCCUGGCGUCAGAGGUGAUCGCGGUGCCUGAGGCGGCUGGUGACGGCCUCAGCUCAGCGGCGUGGGGCAGGGUCGUUUGAUGUUUUGGAGCUCGCUCAGCCCGGGGCCUUUCCUCCUGACAGACGCGAGGUGAGAACGUAGCCCCGUGUUGCAGCGCCACGGCUCGUCCCUCCAGAUCCCUUUCCCAUCAGAUCUGAGUACCGAUCUUGUGGUCAAAAAAGGAGGAAAAGAAUUACUUGCUUAGUGGAAAAAGCCGAGAGCUCAUGAGUCCCCAGUGGAUUCAGUUUCCUUAAGGCCUGAAUCGCAGGGGAAGCACGUCUGAGUGUGGAGCUGAGAUGAGUCAUUCCCUGAGGAUUUUGGUGCUGCAGUGGAUGACUUCGUCCUUCUCCAGCGCUUUCUUAAACACUUGGGAUGGAAGAAUCAUCCAUUCUGUGGAGUUCUCUUGAGAAGACUGUCAGGAUGAAUAAACACAAUCACUUGAAACUCUU